AUGCUCAGGAUUCUUUGUGUAUUAGCCAUAAUUGUUCACGUCUUUGGAGAUGUUCCGACGGCGAACGAAAGUGCUGAACUCCUCGAGAAUCUUACACGCAUUCGUGAAAACGUCAGACCACAAGCCAGCGACAUGAUGCUUUUGAAUUACUCUAAAGAAAUGGAGAAUGUGGCGGAGGAAUGUGUGUCGAGGUGUAAAGACGAAUAUCCAUUCUAUGAGGACUAUCCCCAGUACAAUGAAACUGGCUUCAUCUUGGUCACUUCCAAUCACUCUCCGGAAUUCACGGAGGCGUUUAUCAAUGUUGGAAGGCAGGCUUCACUUUACAAAUAUAUAAAAAACAUCUGCAUCGGUGACUGCUUCUCAUAUAAGCAACAUCCCGACAUCUUCAUCCACUACGCCACAGCAAAAUGUCACCACCACCUCGAGUGCUGCAACCACUUCAACUACUCUCCCAACCACCAGCAGUGCAUCAAUAUCGUCAACGGCACAGGUUAA